UCUCACACAGAGGUAGGACUGGAGGACAGUGGCUCUAGCAGGGACACAGAGGAGGGUAAACUCAACUCAAUCAAUGCACUUAAAUACCCAUCGCCUGAUCGCACAGUGAGUCAUUAUAGUUUAUAUCAUUAAUCGUAUAAGAUUAUCGUUUUUAUUCACUGUGUAGGCCUACACUUUUUAACUUUAAGACGUGGACGAGGAUUUGGAAAUAAUCAAGAUUUUUUUUGGAGAUGCGCCACUUGUCUCCAGGGCGCACGUGAGGCUCCGCCGAUAAACACACACGGCGAACUUUUAGAUUCCCCGUUUUAAAUCUCCGGCAGCAAGGAAGGAGGAAUCCAAAAGAAGGAGCGAGAGAACAGACCAGCGGAGGACUGAAAACUGAAGAAAGAAAAAAAAAAAGAAAAGAAAAGUGAAGCGACUUUAGUGGACCGAAUAAGUGACCGCGUGGAGAUGAACGCAGCGCCACGGGGUUCCGAAACAACUGGAUGCGGCAAUUCGACAAUGCGCAACUGAUAGGGGGACGUUUUGUUAAGGGAGCGUGAAGCCUUUCCAUCGAAAGGGAACCAAACAGAUACAGGUUUUUAACGCGGAACAAUGCGAGUAUUCCGCGGAGGAGAGAAUCCCUCCCGCGGGACUGUUGCUGGAGCGUCUCGCGCUAAAUGGAGCGCGUGCGAACAGGUCGCAUAAUUAGUAUACAGGUUCCCUUUCUUCUAACGUAAAAAAAAACUGAAUGACAUCGUAAAUGAAUUUGUGGACCAGCUUUCAGCUUCCCGGUGACUUGCCAGUGGUCUCUGGACCUCUCUUCUGUUCUCUGGUCAGACGCGUCUCUUCUGUGAUGUAGUAGAGGGCAAAUCCCACUUUGAUUUAACAGUUUUUGUUCUUGUGCUCAACUUUUUAGGCUUAAUGACAAAUGACUGAUUCAUUCUGUGAGAGGAUGUCCAAAAAUAUUUAUAUUUAAUAGAUAAUUGUUUUGAGAGUGCCGUCUCAAUCAUGGAGAACGUGUCCAUCCCGGGCUUUGCACCACCAGUCUGCAACGACUCCGUGGACUUCUACUCCCUCACGUCAGUGAAUGGCACUCACCCGAACUGCAUUCCUCCCUCUGGGUUUUACUUCUACACUGACCUCUACAUCAUUUUACCGGUCAUCUACUCUGUAAUCUGUGCCGUCGGACUGACAGGCAACACGGCCGUCAUCUAUGUGAUCCUCAAAGCCCCCAGGAUGAAAACCGUUACCAAUAUGUUCAUCCUGAACUUGGCCAUUGCCGACGAUUUGUUCACUCUGGUGCUGCCGAUCAACAUCGCCGAACACCUGCUGCAAUACUGGCCUUUCGGUGAGGUUUUGUGCAAAGUCAUCCUGAGCAUAGACCACUACAACAUCUUCUCCAGUAUCUAUUUCCUCACCGUUAUGAGCAUUGACCGCUACCUGGUCGUUUUGGCCACGGUGAGCUCCAAGCGCAUGCCUUACCGCACUUACCGAGCAGCCAAAAUCAUCUCACUGUGUGUCUGGAUACUCGUUAUCCUCAUCGUCUCGCCUUACACUGUAUUCGCCGGGGUGUACGAGAGGCCAAAUGACGGGAGGAAGAGCUGCGUGCUGAGCUUCCCGAGCCCGGAGGGUUCGUGGAUCACAACGAGCCGGAUCUACACGCUCAUUCUGGGCUUUGCCAUCCCCGUCUCAACCAUCUGCAUCUUAUACACCAUGAUGCUCUACAAGCUGAGGAACAUGCGGCUUAACAGCAACGCCAAGGCGCUGGACAAGGCAAAGAAGAAAGUCACCAUCAUGGUGUUCAUCGUCUUGGCCGUCUGCCUGUUCUGCUGGACGCCGUUCCACCUCAGCACGAUUGUGGCUCUGACGACGGACCUGAGGAACACGCCGUUCCUGAUCGGGAUCUCCUAUUUCAUAACCAGCCUGAGCUACGCCAACUCCUGCCUCAACCCGUUCCUCUACGCCUUCCUGGACGACAGCUUCAGGAAGGCCUUCAAGAAAAUGUCAGAAUGUAGGCCCGCCUGAGCAACGCAUGGCACAAACGGUCCUCUGAGACUUACGGAGAGGAGACGGGCUGUGUUGGAAAAAUUCAAUGGUUAAGCUUUAAGUUUGAAUCUCAAUUGUCAAUGUACGUGAUAACUAUUUGACUUGCAUGGUUUAUUAAAGCAUCACUCGUCAACUUUACACAUCGUUUGCACAUGCUAGCAAUAGGUAGCCAUUUAUUCAUGACGUAGUGAAUAAUAGCUGUAAAUGGCACAAAUCCCAUCUAUAAAUCAUUCAUACUAUAGUAAACCAAAGGGAUGGGAGAGGGAAAAUUGACAUUUGAGUCAAUCCUUGUCAUGACAGAAGGCUGUUCAGAUUCAUUCCAUCCUGUAGGUGGAGAUUUGAAGCUUCUAAUAAAGGAUGAGAGAUGCUUUUGUUUCUCACAGCUGGAAUACUUUAGGUUGUUAUAGAAUUUGUUAUGGCUCCGAGAGCACAGUGUAACAAAAAUAAUAUUUUAAGGUCACAAAAAUGGACCACAUUGCUGCUGUUGCAUAAAAAAACAAAA